CAUUUAACCUCACUGGUGCUCUUUCAUUGAUCAUCCAUGACUGAUCAAUUUACUUAUUAUAUGUUGCCAUUAGCAACGUUCCUUUGUUCAGACACAAGCAGAGAUUGUUGAGGCGCAAUAGUUCUCUCACGCUACACUAAACAAGCGACGACACUGGACAGUAGCCAUUUGUUUCUUUCAGCCGACAAUGGGAUGUGGAACAUCAAAAUCGGUCCAAACAGCCGUCGAGACAACAAAUCGCAGUCAGAAUACGAACGACAACUUUGAAUCAAAACCGACUGCACCCAAGGAUAAAGCUCCUGACACCAGCCUAAUUGAGAGAGGUGAAAAUCAAUUUUCCAUCGGCCACAGAGUGCAUGUUUCUGGAUACACGGGUGCUGUCAAGUUUAUCGGUUAUCUAAGCGACCCAAGUGGCGGUGAGUGGAUAGGAAUCGAGUUAGACCAUCCACAUCCACAGGGGAACGAUGGAUUCUUCGAUGGAGUUCGUUAUUUCACUUGUGCACCGAGGCAUGGCAUGUUUGCUCGACCGUCGGUGGUAUUUCGUCACAAAAAUGCUGAAAAUAUCACUACAGCAACGAAUAUUUCUUUGGAAACGAUCGCUUUUAUUCAAACGAACAUUCGACGGUUUCUUGCAAGGAUUCGACUGGAAAAAUUUAAACAACGCUCGGGAAUCGAGAAGCAGAUCGACGCACAUGUGUUAGCGACACCAGCAGAACAAACUGAGAGCGUCGAAAAACUGAGCGCCUACCUGACAAGUAGAUGGGAGGGAGACAGGAACAAAGCUUACGCGAUUUUCCGCUGGCUGAGUUUCAAUGUCGCCUACGAUGCGGAUGGCUUCUUUGGAAGGACGGAGAGAAAGAGUGGCGAUGCCGAAAGCGUGCUACGCCAUAGAACAGCAGUGUGCGCUGGUUAUGCGAAUCUUUUCGACGCACUUGGUAAAGCUGCGGAUCUUCAGGUGCAUACCAUAAAUGGCUACGCCAAGGGUUAUGGCUUCGAGCCCGGCCAGCUGAUUAAAGAGACAAAUCAUGCGUGGAAUGGCGUCCUAGUCAACGGUGAGUGGUUCGUUUGUGAGCCCACAUGGGGUGCUGGUUACCUAGGAGCUGAUUUGAUGUUUCAUCGCAGCCCAGACGUGUCCAUGUUCCUGAUGGACCCCGAAUAUGCAAUUUACAGCCACUACCCAUCCGACGAACAGUGGCAGCUCCUCGAGAAACCUAUCAGCAAGAAAGAGUUUGAGAAGUUGGUUGCGCCUUCUGGAAGAAUUCACAAAAUGGGAGUGGAAAUUCUCAGUCACAAGGAAAGCAUGUAUGAUAUUGAUGAUGCAGAUCACGUCGAAAUGAUGUUCUACUCUCCAUCGUUGAAGAUACUACGAGGUGAUCUGAAGGACUUCUCAGGAAGAGACUACGAAGGAAGAAGAUGGACACAGAUUCUACCCUGUGGGGUGAACCAAGUGAAGCUAAAAGCACAGUUCCCUGCCCCUGGAAAAUACAAGCUGAAAUUGUACGUAAGAGACGAGCUGAUCCAUACAAAAUGGCAUAGUGGAAUAGAAUAUAUCAUCCAGGCCAAACGAGGAGUUAAGCAAAAUCGAGGCGGAUUCCCACAAUUGGGAAGUGAGUUUUAUGAAGCAGGAUUCAGUCUUGAUCAUCCAUCCGAGAACAUUGUAUCCGACGACGGAAAGGCCUACAUUUCAUUACAGAACUUUAACAUUCAAAUUUCGCACAUCGUGGGCCGGCUUGAUCUUGUGGGAGACGAAAAGAGACUCAAAAAACACUUCGGUGAAUUUUCAUUUUGCUACUCAGAGAGGACAGAGAGUGGCUUUCAAGUGAUGGUGCAUUGCCCACUUGCAGGGGAGUACACUUUGAAAGUGUUUGCCAAGUAUUAUGGCGAAAGAAAAUCAGAUACGUUUGUGUGUACCUACUACAUAAAUGCACUCGCUGGUGUAGAGCCUGUACCAGGCUUUCCGCGAUUGUCGGACAGAUUUGUCUCGUGGGGCCUGGAGCUCAAAGAACCCCAACACAAUAUUUAUGCCCCUGAUGGACGAGCCUCCAUUAAGCUGAAGACCCCUGACAAUGUAUCAGUUGUUGGUUAUUUGAUGAAGGACAAACAACAUCUUGACAACAGUUUGUGCUUCAGUAACACAGCGGAGUAUGUUGGCACAAUUCUGGCUCAUGCGCCUGAAGCUGGCGUUUUUAAGCUGAAUGUGUUUGGUAAAAAACCUGAGAGCAAAGACAGUGAAUAUUUAGCGACAUUCAUGAUCAAGUCUGAUCAAGCAGCAAGCUCAAACCCAGGCUUCCCCAACCUGAAGGACGAGUUCAAGGAGUGGGGACUAGAGCUAGUAGAUCAGUUGGAGAACAUCGUUUCACGAGUCAGCCAUGUCAAAGUCACAUUUUCUAAUCCUCACGGUAUCGCUUUAAAGCCAUGUCUGUUUGAUGCGCAUAAUAAGCAGAUUGACAACUAUUGUUCAGUGGAAACUGCUGACAAGAUGACUGUCAUAACAUGCGAGCUGCCGGAAGCUGGAAAGUUUAAACUAAAUGUGUUUGGGACAAAUCCAUUGAUCGAGAGCACAAAACGAGUUUAUCUCUGUACCUACAAAUUGUUACUCACGAAAUGA